GCUACACAAUAGUAAGCUCAGCCCCGCCCACCUUGAGCAUGAGCCCGCACAUGCUGAAGAUCAUGCCAAGAAGGUUCAUGUAAUCCGGCGUCGGGUCGUCCAAGGCCGGGUUACACUCGCUCGGCGGAGGCUUGUACCUGCGGCAGGCUCAAGGGUCAGAGGCGCUCAAGUCCCGCUCCUGGGAAGGACAAGCGCGUCCCUGGGUCCCGACCCACAGUCCAAGCCCCGUUCCCAUGACGCUGGGGUCCUCACCUCAGCACUUUGUUCGGCCUCCGUGGGUCCGACAUAUUGUUCGCGGACAUUGCAAGUCGAAGGUGGCGCCUCUUCCGCGGCUGGAGUGCCAGCUUCCGGCGUGGAAACGGAGAGUGGCUUUUAGAGUAACACCCGCAGCCCUCCCACUUCGGUUCCUAGCGCCUGUGGCCGAGUCUUCCCCUAGUUGGGGAGACAUAAUUAAAAGAGGGGGAAAUGUUCCUUAAAAACUGGAAGUGGGGAUAGAAACCUGGAAACAGAUUUCAAAAUUCCCAAAGCUAGCUUCAAAAAAUUAGGAAUUUUUAAACCCAAAAGUGAGAAACAGGAAGUAGACCCCGGAGGACAAUAGUAUGGUUACACCCGAGCGUGUUUUCAGAGGGCUCGGAAUCCUCCGUGCCCACUCUAAGGCAGCAAGGAAAGGAUCCUGGAGCAAUGGCUUUCCCUGAGCCAAAACCGCGGAGUCCGGAACUGCCACAAAAACGGUUGAAGACGCUGGACUGCGGGCAGGGGGCGGUGCGAGCGGUGCGAUUUAAUGUGGAUGGCAAUUACUGCCUGACGUGUGGCAGCGACAAGACCCUGAAGCUUUGGAACCCGUUGCGAGGGACGCUGCUGCGAACGUACAGCGGCCACGGUUACGAGGUGCUGGACGCGGCCGGCUCCUUUGACAACAGUAGUCUCUGCUCUGGUGGCGGGGACAAGGCGGUGGUGCUUUGGGAUGUAGCAUCGGGGCAAGCCGUGCGCAAAUUCCGGGGCCACGCGGGGAAGGUGAACACGGUGCAGUUUAAUGAAGAGGCCACCAUCAUCCUGUCUGGCUCAAUUGAUUCCAGUAUUCGCUGCUGGGACUGCCGCUCUCGGAGGCCUGAGCCAGUGCAGACAAUGGAUGAAGCAAGGGAUGGCAUAUCUAGUGUGAAGGUGUCAGACCAUGAGAUCCUGGCAGGCUCAGUGGAUGGUCGAGUGAGGCGCUAUGACAUGAGGAUGGGGCAGCUCUUUUCAGACUAUGUGGGCAGCCCCAUCACCUGUAUCUGCUUCAGUCGGGAUGGGCAGUGCAUCCUGGUGUCCAGCCUAGACUCCACAUUGCGGCUUCUGGACAAGGACACAGGGGAGCUGCUGGGCGAGUACACAGGCCAUAAGAACCAGGAGUACAAGCUGGACUGCUGCCUGAGUGAACGUGACAUACAUGUUGUCAGCUGCUCUGAGGAUGGGAAGGUUUUCUUCUGGGAUCUGGUAGAGGGUGCCCUGGCGCUGACCCUGCCUGUUGGUCCCGGCGUGGUGCAGUCAUUGUCUUUUCAUCCCACGGAGCCCUGUCUGCUGACCGCCAUGGCAGGUAGCAUCCAGUGCUGGCGGGAAGAGGCCUAUGAGGCUGAGGGUGGAGCAGGCUGAAGUCAGUGGACCCACCACCACCACUAAGGACACAGACACAGACUCAAGAAGGACAACUGACACCAUUUAUUCUAGACAUGCUGCUGACCAAAGAAUGGGGAAGGGGCUGGGUCUACAAAUGAAUAAAUCAAGAAGGAAGUGAGGCUUCCCUUGGGCUGCA